AUGCCAAUACAAUUGUCGGGUAAACCGGGUAGUCUCAAGGAUCCAGCAAUUGCAGCACUUUUCUCAACAAAGGAUCCUGAGCAACGUUUUGAUGAUCUUCGCGAGAUUGGUCAUGGCUCAUUUGGAGCCGUUUAUUUUGCCCAAGAUAAUGAAAGUAAUGAAACCGUUGCCAUUAAGAAAAUGGCUUUUUCCGGGAAACAGGCUGCCGAAAAAUGGUCAGACAUAAUAAAAGAAAUUUCCUUUCUUAGAAAUGUUCGUCAUCGAAAUAUAGUUGGAUAUCGUGCAUGCUAUUUAAAAGAACAGACAUGCUGGUUAGUUAUGGAAUAUUGCAUCGGUUCGGCAGCAGAUAUAAUUGAAGUACAUAGACGUCCUUUGAGGGAAUCAGAGAUAGCUGCAAUUAUCGACCAAACGGUUUGCGGUUUAACUUAUUUACAUAAUGAAGGACGGAUUCAUCGCGAUAUAAAAGCUGGAAAUAUCCUUUUAACAGAUGAUGGAAUCGUAAAAUUAGCUGAUUUUGGAAGUGCGUCAUUAGCUUGUCCAGCACAAAGUUUCGUUGGCACUCCAUACUGGAUGGCUCCGGAAGUGAUCUUGGCAAUGGACGAAGGUCAUUAUGAUCAACGGGCGGAUAUAUGGUCACUUGGCAUUACGUGCAUUGAACUUGCUGAGAGGCGUCCACCAUUAUUUAAUAUGAAUGCAAUGUCUGCCCUUUAUCAUAUUGCUCAAAAUGAUCCUCCUUCUUUGACACCUCUUCCUACCACUGAAAAUUGUAUCCGUUGGUCUCGAGACUUUUGUUCAUUUGUUGAUCUCUGCCUUCAGAAAGAUCCUCGCAAAAGGUUGCAAACUGAUAAGUGUCGUGAGCAUCCAUUCUUGCAAAAAAAAGGGUUAGAAGAUGUAAUUCCCGAACUGAUUGCAAGAACGAAAGCACUUGUUAGUGAUUUGGAUAAUUUUCAAUGUCGGAAACUUCGAAAACUCAUUUAUCUUGAUGAACAACAAUCAAGCAUUGCGAUUGAUGAUACAAAUGAUCGACACGAAACUGUUGAAGAUGAAUAUCUUUAUGUCGGUGGAUCAACUAGUUCUCGCUCAAAUUCGAUCUCUUCCUUUCAAUCUGGUCAGUCAGUUGGCAUCACUGAUAGUAGCAUAUUAUCCGAACACUCAAUUAGACGUACUCAUCCAGCGAUAAUAUCACAUUUGGUUUCUACAUCAGCUUCUCCUAAUGAAGAAUCAUUGAAUGAAAAUCUCGAAAAGCUAUCUUCACGCCGAAGUGAAUCCCCCUCUUCUGCAGAAACGACUGUAGCUGUACCAAAUCCAACCAAGUUGCAGGAAAAUUCACGUCGUAGUAUUAACGUUUGUUUUUGCAUUAAUUUAAUCAGCAAUGAUGCGACAUUUUGUCAAAGGUUAAAGAAUGGAAUAAGGAAUAUUCAGCAUGAAAUGGCGACGCUUCGACGUUCGAAAUUUUCAACGCUUCGUACGACAAAAUUGAUUUCUAAAGAAAUGGAAGAAUAUAAUCGAGAGAAUAAUCUUUACGAACAAAUGAGUGGUUACAAACGAUUACGACAACAACAUCAAAAAGAACUUAAGCAGUUAGAAGAAAAAUGUUUGUUAGAAAUAGAAGCAUUCAAACAAAAAACGGAUAAAGAAUAUGAACAGCUUUUAAAUACAUUUGGCAAAGAACUUCAAAGAGUGCGUACCAGUCAGCAUGUUGAAAAAGAAAAAAAGAUGCGUGAAUAUGAUGAAGCUGAACGAAAGUUACGGAAGCAGAUUAAUACACAACAGGAGAAUGAAUUCAAAGCUUUUGCAAAUGCUCAGAAGAAGGAAUAUAAACACAACAAAGAAAAAGCAAAAAUUGUAAGUUAUUGUUUUAUUUUAUCAUUAUUGUUAUUAUUUAUUUCAUAG